UUCGCUGGACUUUUGGGCUGGAGGCAUGCCGACCGGUGGGUUAGGGGAGCGCACAGAGUCUUGGGCCCUGGGGAGUUCAGGCCACUGGGCAGGAGGGAGGAGGCCUGGGGAAUUUAUCCGGACUGCACACGGUGUGUGCCAAGUAGCCCGCGAGGGAGGGCAGGGAGGCGUUUGCUCUACUAUGCUCCAGAAGGGAAGGGGCUGGGCCCUUCAAAAGUACUCGCCCAGAGUUUUUGAAGCUGCAAUGGAGAAACCCCAUCCCCCCCCCCAAAUCCUGUAACUCAUACCCCCUCCCCGCCCCUGCCCGGGCUCUGACCCCAGAGAGAGGGGCUGGGCUGAGCAGGGCGGGGCGAAGGCUUCCAGAGAAGAGAAGGAGGCCCCUUUGGGCUUGGCCAAGACUAAACAUCUCCUCCGACCCCAACGGGUGGGGGGCUUCCCUCCCCUAGUCCAUCUCAGGCCAGCCCCUCCCCUCCCCACCCUAGCUACAGGCCCAGAAGGGAAGGGGAGUGGAGCACCCAGGGCUGGUACCCGGGUGGGAAAGAAAACUGCGCACCGAGUAGAAAGAAGGGUUUACAGGGUCUGGGAAGAGAGCGGAGGCUGCGCGGGUCAGGAAUUGGGAAAACUUGCACUAGCAAGUGCAGCUACGUGGGUCCUGGUUGACCCAGACUCCUGGUACCUUUGAUUCCAAGCCUUUGUGCCUUCUCUUCUCAUCUUUGGUCAGGCCCUUUGGGCCCCCACCUUUCUGCUUAGUCCAUGGCUCUGGUAUGUGACAGAGUUAAAGCUAAAAGUCAGGCCUGGCAGCCAGUGAAACUAGGCCGGGUGAAGGUUAGGGAGUCUACGCAGGCUUAAGGAUACAACUAUGCUUGGGCGUGCAGAGAGGCCUAGGUCUUCUAGAAACCCCAGCAGCUCGGAUCCGCGCUCUGGAAUAGCUGGCUGCCCUGGUGAUGCCACAGGAUUGGGGGUGGGGGGACGGCGCUAAACUGAGGAAAGGGAGCGAAGGUGGGAGCUUUGCCCCUGUAUUUGUGCAGAACUUGUGAGACCCAAGGGCUGGGCCCGGAUGACACUUCCCUUGGCGAAGCGAAUACUCGGAGCUCAGACGCCCCAGCCUUAGGUUUCCAGGUGGGCCGAGGCGCUCAUCCACAAGCGUUUGCCACUCCGCUGUGACCUGGCUGGCAGGCCCAGAGGGGCACGGGUCGCGGGUUGGCCUGUAGGCUUUGUGCCGCUGGUUCCCGAGUGUGUGCAAGGCGCGGAGCAUCCAAAUUGACACCAUAUGUUUUCCUAUUAGAAGCUUUGCGGUCGAAUUCUAGGCGCAUAAUCAUCGCCACUGGGCGAGAACGCCAGCAGUCCCUAGGGAAGGGACACAAUGAUUGAGGCUUAACCUCUAAAGGGGAAUUUAGAGCUAUGUUUCUUCACUGCCAUUUCGAUGCUGGCUGAGGCACCUUGGCCCAGUGUCUCUCGGACCAGCACAUGCUGGGCUGCAGAUGUGGAGGUGCUGGCCACGUUAUUUUGCAAUAUUUUGCAAUAGAGGAGGAGGAAAAUCUACGCUCUGGCAUCUGUAGAUUGGGAAUUACCCUGGCUCUGGUUGGAAAGUUUCUCUUGAUUUCUCUGAGAUGGCCUUUCUUUUUCUUUUUCUGGGAAGGUUUGCCCAGAGACAGGCCUCCAUAACCUGCAUGGUAAAUGAGACUUAGAAAACCAAGGUAGAAGUUAAAGAAAAUUUAAGAGAAACCGGAAGCGCAGAGUAGGCCUUGCCCGGUUGGAGAAACGACUGUCUCCUGCAAUGUGCAAUGUACCCUCUUGCACUGGCCCGGGCCGGCCGGAGCCCAGAUCCCUAAACGCCUGUCACUUCUCAUCGAAUUGAGGCCCCGCCCCCCCUCGGUGAGCUAUAACCCCCCUCCAGCCUCAAGCCUCGGGCUACCCUGAAAACGCAGCUCCCCUCUAAGGGGAGACGAGUGCAGUUCAUUCUCGUCUGAGUGAUCUACAAAUAGGGACGGAAAGGGUCGUUUUAUCACGGUCCCGUUUGUCGUGACGAUGCAAUUUCCCGGAGCGGAGCACUGUCACAAAGUGACAAGGCUGCCACAAGCGCCCCGACUGAUCUUUUCAAUUAGCCUUCCAUGCAUGAUCCGGAGCGACUUCCGCCUAUUUCCAGAAAUUAAGCUCAAACUUGACGUGCAGCUAGUUUUAUUUUAAAGACAAAUGUCAGAGAGGCUCAUCAUAUUUCCCCCCUCUUCUAUAUUUGGAGCUUAUUUAUUGCUAAGAAGCACAGGCUCUUGGAGUCAAUUUAUCAGGAGGCUCCAAGGAGAAGAGAGGAGAAGAGAGGAGAGGAGAGAGGAGCUGGAACCACAUCUUCUCCUGAGAGGGCUUCUGUCUAGAGACGGGGCUGCAGGUCACAGCGGAGUGAACCAGCUUGGUGGUGUCUUUGUCAACGGGCGGCCACUGCCGGACUCCACCAGGCAGAAGAUCGUAGAGCUAGCUCACAGCGGGGCCCGGCCGUGCGACAUUUCCCGAAUUCUGCAGACCCAUGCAGAUGCAAAAGUCCAAGUGCUGGACAAUGAAAACGUGUCCAACGGAUGUGUGAGUAAAAUUCUGGGCAGGUAUUACGAGACUGGCUCCAUCAGACCCAGGGCAAUCGGAGGUAGUAAACCAAGAGUAGCGACUCCAGAAGUUGUAAGCAAAAUAGCCCAGUAUAAACGGGAGUGCCCGUCCAUCUUUGCUUGGGAAAUCCGAGACAGAUUAUUGUCCGAGGGGGUCUGUACCAACGAUAACAUACCCAGUGUAUCAUCAAUAAACAGAGUUCUUCGCAACCUGGCUAGCGAAAAGCAACAGAUGGGCGCAGACGGCAUGUAUGAUAAACUAAGGAUGUUGAACGGGCAGACCGGAAGCUGGGGCACGCGCCCUGGUUGGUAUCCCGGGACUUCAGUACCAGGGCAACCUACACAAGAUGGCUGCCAGCAACAGGAAGGCGGGGGAGAGAACACCAACUCCAUCAGUUCGAAUGGAGAAGACUCGGAUGAAGCUCAAAUGAGGCUUCAGCUGAAGCGGAAGCUGCAGAGAAAUAGAACGUCCUUUACCCAAGAGCAGAUUGAGGCUCUGGAGAAAGAGUUUGAGAGGACCCAUUAUCCAGAUGUGUUUGCCCGGGAAAGACUAGCAGCCAAAAUCGAUCUACCUGAAGCCAGAAUACAGGUAUGGUUUUCUAAUCGAAGGGCCAAAUGGAGAAGAGAGGAAAAACUGAGGAACCAGAGAAGGCAGGCCAGCAACACCCCUAGUCACAUUCCUAUCAGCAGCAGUUUCAGCACCAGUGUCUACCAGCCCAUUCCGCAGCCUACCACACCUGUUUCCUCCUUCACAUCAGGCUCCAUGUUGGGCCGAACAGACACCGCCCUCACCAACACGUACAGUGCUCUGCCACCUAUGCCCAGCUUCACCAUGGCAAACAACCUGCCUAUGCAACCCCCAGUUCCCAGCCAGACCUCUUCGUACUCCUGCAUGCUACCCACCAGCCCUUCGGUAAAUGGGCGGAGUUAUGAUACCUACACCCCUCCGCACAUGCAAACACACAUGAACAGUCAGCCCAUGGGUACCUCGGGGACCACUUCAACAGGACUCAUUUCCCCUGGAGUGUCGGUCCCUGUCCAAGUUCCUGGAAGUGAACCUGACAUGUCUCAGUACUGGCCCCGAUUACAGUAAAGAGAGCGAGCGUGGUCAAGAGAGGAAAUUGUGUUCACUCAGUCAGUGACCAUGUGGAUACAACAGUUGGGUGUUCAGGAAAGAAAGAGAAAUGGCUGUUAGAAGCACUUCACUUUGCAAUUGUGUCCUGUAUUGGAGCCUGGGAAUGGACUAGAAACAAGGACCUUUGCAUACAGAAGGCACGGUAUCAGUUGGAACAAAUCUUCAUUUUGGUAUCCAAACUUUUAUUAAUUUUGGUGUAUUAUUUGUAAAUGGGCAUUUGUAUGUUAUAACGAAGAAAAGAACAACACAGACUGGUGGACCUUGGAUCUGUGUUGGCUCAUGUGGUUGUUUAAAGGAAACCAUGAUUGACAAGAUUUGCCAUGGAUUUAAGAGUUUUAUCAAGAUAUAUCGAAUACUUCUACCCAUCUGUUCAUAGUUUAUGGACUGAUGUUCCAAGUUUGUAUCAUUCCUUUGCAUAUAAUUAAACCUGGAACAACACACACUAGAUAUAUGUAAGAAAUAUCUGUUGGUUUUCCAAAGGUUGUUAACAGAUGACGUUUAUGUGCAAAAAGGGGUAAGAUAUAAAUUCAAGGAGAAGUUGAUAGCUAAGGUAGAGUGUGUCUUCGAUAUAAUCCAAUUUGUUUUAUGUCAAAAUGUAAGUAUUUGUCUUCCCUAGAAAUCCUCAGAAUGAUUUCUAUAAUAAAGUUAAUUUCAUUUAUAUUUGACAAGAAUACUCUAUAGAUGUUUUAUACACAUUUUCAUGCAAUCAUUUGUUUCUUUCUUGGCCAGCAAAAGUUAAUUGUUCUUAGAUAUAGCUGUAUUACUGUUCACAGUCCAAUCAUUUUGUGCAUCUAGAAUUCAUUCCUAAUCAAUUAAAAGUGCUUGCAAGAGUUUUAAA